UUAGCUGUCCGCCUGUCCCCUUCAAGCGCAAAUAAACCCUCUCUCUCUCUCUUCACAAAACCACACUUGUUCUUCUCUCCUCGCCUUCGUCUCUUGUUUCUAACUAGACUCUCUUCUCUUCUCCAUUGUCAACUCCUGAAAUAAACUGAAUUAUGGAAGCACCAGAAUUCUUUCAGGGAAACUAUUGCUCACACUUUGCACCUGAAAAACACCAUUCUUUUGACUCUAAAACCACCGCCGGUGACCAUUUCGUUAUCGAGGAACUUUUGGACUUCUCCAACGAAGAUGCCGUUGUAACUGACGUUGCUACUUUCGACAACGUCACCGGAAAUUCUACCGACUCGUCCACUGUCACUGUCUCUGUCGUUGAUAGCUGCAACUCCUCCUCCUGUGACCCCACCUUUUCCGCUGAUAUUGCUUGCCGGAAUUUCGCUGACGCUCACUUCUCUAGCGACCUCUGUGUCCCGCCGUUAGAUGAGUUAGCUGAGCUGGAAUGGAUGUCGAAUUUCGCGGAGGAAUCAUUCUCCUGUGAAGACCUGCAAAAGCUCCAACUGAUAUCGGGUAUGAAAGCCCGCCCCGACGAAUCAUCCGAAACCCACCAAUUCCAGCCCGAACCAGACCGAAGUAGUGACAAUAAUAACAAUAUUAUUAUCUCUAGUCCAAACAACCCCAUAUUCAACCCAGAAAUGGCGGUCCCAGCCAAGGCCCGGAGCAAGCGGUCUCGGGCUGCCCCAGGCAACUGGGCGUCUCGUCUUCUUGUCCUAAGCCAGCACAAUUCGCCCUCCAACACCGACAUCAUUUCCACGGGCCCACCUCCACCACCCCCGCAACAGCAAACCGCUAAGAAAACAGUUAAAACAAGUGGUUCGAAGAAGAAAGACUGCGGAGAUGGCGGCGAGGGUAGCGGAGAAGGUCGGAAGUGUCUGCAUUGUGCGACGGAUAAGACUCCGCAGUGGCGGACGGGGCCGAUGGGUCCGAAAACGCUUUGCAAUGCUUGUGGAGUGAGAUAUAAAUCCGGGCGAUUAGUGCCCGAAUACCGGCCGGCUGCAAGCCCGACGUUUGUGCUGACAAAGCACUCGAAUUCGCACCGCAAAGUGCUGGAGCUUAGGCGUCAAAAAGAAAUGCUAAGAGCCCAACAACAGCAACAGCAGCAGUUUCUACAGCAUCAUCAUCAGAAUAUGAUGUUUGAUAUCUCAAACGGUGAUGAUUACUUGAUCCACCAGCACGUUGGGCCUGAUUUCAGGCAGCUCAUUUGAUAGCGUAGGAGAAUUCUGCUGAAAUUCUACUUUCUUAAGGUCAAUUUAGUUGCGAAAUUCGGUAGCGAAUUUCGUUAUAGUUAUUAUUUUUGUGGUAGAGAAGUAAUUUUCCCAAACUCUUAUUGAAUUUUGGUAGACUCUUUAUCGAUUAAUGUUAUCUUGUUUUUGCCCUUUUUGGCAAUUCCCUUCUCAA